AUGGCGGCUUCACUGAUUACUCUACCUAUAGAAAUACUGUAUUUGAUAGUGUAUAAUAUAGAUAAUUCAAAAGAUCUCCGUGCGUUUUGGUCUACAUGUGCUUUCUUUCGCUUGAUAUCAGGCCCCCACACAAUAACGGCGCAACUCUGGUUUUCGCUAUACAGCCAAGACCUCCCAUCCGAACAUCAUCUUCGCACAGCUAACGAAUGGCGAUUUCCAUUAGAUACUGAAUAUGCAAAACGUCUAAUCAUUGUCAACGCACCGCCAGAGCCAACUGGGCUUUCUUCUGAAUCUCCGGGCCCGCGCCGGGCUCUCCGUCGACAAGAGCGUGUUUUGCAUAUUGUCGAGAGAUUUGGUCUGUUCCUUCACAACAUGCUAGCUGUUAACUACUAUUAUCCACAUGACUGGGAUGCUCUUCGAGAAGUAGCUGAUGACGUCGAACAGUAUUUAGAAGAUCUGGGUUGGGUGCAGUUUUAUCGAGGUCAAAUGGAUCGUGGGAUAGAUUCUCUUAUGGUGUCGACUGUACAGACCGAUCAGGAGUUUGAGGCUGUCGCAUUCGAAGACUUUUCCGGAAAGCUACGAGCUGAGAUUGCUGGUGCUUCCAGUAUUCCCGCAUCGAGUAAGAGCACGUCUGCUGCAAGUAGUCGUCAUAACUCCACUACUGGUGGUUUUGCUUCUAAUCGAAACAGCACCGACGAACUUUUUGCAAGUCUUUAUAGUGAAAGAAUGUACCUAAGAUGGACAAGUUUGAUUCAGGACCAGUUAAACUUUUUCGGAUUAGAGAGAUACAUAUUGGAAAAGUUUAAACCACCAGACAAGUUGCAGUUGGCUGAAUACUUGCGUGUAGUAUUGUUUGGUGAUAUCGAUGGCAGUUCCAGUAACAUUGAUGUCACUCCCAACAACAAUGGUGCCACUCCCAAUAUCCCUGCUAGUCAUAAUAGUAUCAGUUCCAACACCACUGCCAAUACCGCUAAUGUCCCUUCCAGUAGCAGCCGUAUCGCUCCCAGUAGCACUGCCAGUAUACCUUAUGUCACUGCUCUCACUUCAAAUAACAUUAAUAUCACUUCCAGUGGGAGUUGA